AUGGCGGAAUGCAGUGGAGUAAAGAAAGGUAUGAAAAUGAUUUAUUAAUUUAAAUGAGAUGACGAAUUCAGUGCCGUAGCCAGAACGAUAAUUGGGGGGCAAAUAUUCAUAUAUUCGUGUUCACAUACCAUAAAAACAAUUGAUUUCAAAAGAAAUUAAUAAAGCAGAACACAAAUAUAUGAAUAUUUCCCAAUUAUCGUUCUGGCUACGGCACUGGACGAAUUCCAAGCUCAAAACCCUUUACCCCAAUUACCCCUGAAAAAUUUCUAUCUCAAUUCUCAAACCUCUUUACCCCUGAUUGAAGAAUUCCAAGCUCAAAACCUUUUACCCUUGAAGAAAUCCAAGCUUUAACCUUGGAGAAUUCCAAGCUCAAAAGUCAAAACUCUUUACCCUUGAAGAAUUCCAAGCCCUGAAAAAGUUCAAUCCCAAACCUCUUGUCCUCUUUACCCCUGAAGAAUUCCAAGCUCAAAACCCUUUACCCUUGAAGAAUCCCAAGCUCAAAACCCUUUACCCUUGAAGAAUUCCAAGCUCAAAACCCCUUUAUACCCCUGAAGAAUUCCAGGGAUCCUCGACAGGGGGAGUACGGAUAUUUAGUGGAAUAGCCCAACAUACCACUGAAACUGCAUGAAUAAAAUAUGUGGAAGUCACAAGUCGAAUAGUUGUUCGAAUUCAUGCAGAUGUAGACAUGCAGCAGUGCAAACCUCUUCCUUACAUGGUCUAGAUAUAUAUAGCCAUCAUGGCCUAGUCCACUAGGGGUGGUGUGCCCAUUGAGAUACAGGAAAACUCCUUGCAUUUGCAUAAAAUAGUCGCUAUAAGAUCCAUAACUAUCUUAAUUUAAUAUAAGGCAGUAAGCCAAUCUUGUAUUAAUUAUUUAAUUUUCCCAGGGUCUCUUCUGGACAGCAAUAUGCUGCCCCUGAGAAUGAAAAACAAUCAAUACAUGGCUAUGUUAAUUUAACUAGUACCUAAAUUAGGCUACCAUUCUUGGUGCUUAUUAAAUAUACCCUACCGUAACCCUGUAUAUUAAUGUCAUAUAAUAUAGACUUUGGAUUUAUUGGUUGCACAUGCAUAUACCGAAAAAAUGCCAUCAUCUUAGUCUGACAUGACAUGAUCAAUAGAUUGAUAGUCAUUGGCCUUAUAUAGUACCACCAGAUUUUUAAAUACAGCCACUGAGUCACAUGUGAGAGAUAGAUUUUAGAUAUUAAUACUAUUAGCAUACAAGAGCCCCCCCCCCCCAUAAUUUUUUAUUCGGGCAGAUUCUACUUAAAAAUCGGGUACAGCUUAAAAUCAGGCAAUUCUAUUGAAAAAUUUAGCAAUUGUACUUUAAUUUUAAAAUCAUGCUUGAAGGAAAAGAAUUGCAAUCAUGGAUCUUAAUUAAAAUAAAAAAUGAAGAAAUUUGCAAUCUUGGGGAAAUGUAUUUUUUGCUGCUAGAGAUCAACUUAUGAACAUUUUAUUUUAUGGCCUUUUUUAACUAUAUAACUGGGGGGAAUUCCUGGUUCCACCUCUGAGUCCCAUAUAAAAAGAUCUACUGCUGAGUGUCUCAAUCUUGAAUGCUGCAAAAAAAAUUUGUAACUAGAAAGGAGUGGAAUAUCCAGUGUUUCUCUGAUACUAGAUUCAUCUCCUCAUGACUGCAAUAUUUUUAGAUCAUGGUUUUCCAGGGCAUCAAGUUGUUCAAUCUCCUACAAUUAACAGUCUUGCUGAAAUUGCCAAAGAUUUGAAUAUUGAUUUGGAUGACAGUGAAUUGAAAGAAUACCAAGGUGUGUUUUUCACAAUUGCAGAGUGUCAGAGAGACAGAUUUAAUGACAGACAAAUACUAAUUGUGAACCAUUACCCUGAAAGUGUUUUUCAGCUGUGUGACCUGGGGAUGGGGUGUAAGUAAAUGAAAAUGAAAGCAAGCCUUGCUAAGGGAUUUUGUGGAGGUCCAGCCAAAUUUCGUUUUGAUCUAGGGCCCUAUAACAGUGCUAUGUUGGGUAGGGUACCUUUAAUAGGGCUCAAUCUUUGAAGGAAGGGCCUGUACAAAUUUACAGUUAAGUAAGAAAUUUGAUAAGGUCCUGUUUCAAGAAUUGAUUUUUGGUACCAUCUCAAAUGAAAAGCCUGGGCCCUGUCAGGUUGCGGACCCUGUCAGGUUGCGGGCCCUGUCAGGUUGCGGGCCCUGUCAGGUUGCGGGCCCUGUCAGGUUGCGGGCCCUGUCAGGUUGCGGGCCCUGUCAGGUUGCGGGCCCUGUCAGGUUGCGGGCCCUGUCAGGUUGCGGGCCCUGUCAGGUUGCGGGCCCUGUCAGGUUGCUGGACCUGUCAGGUUGCGGGCCCAGUCGGGUUGCGGGCCCAGUCGGGUUGCGGGCCCUAGCUGUCAGGGUGCAAGCCAUUUCAGGUUGCGGGCCCUGUCAGGUUGCAAGCCCUUUCAGGUGGGCCCUGUCAGGUUGUGGGCCCAAGGCAAGUUGACCCUUUGCCCUCCACUCUUGGCAUCCCUGAAGGAAGCAACAAAACUAACUUAAUUAAACCCAAAAGCCAACUCUAACUUUUGCCGAAACUGCUCAAACAGAACGGAACACGAAGCGGCCCUACCUCGUACCCAGGGCUUUUUGCUUCUGUGGUUGGAUGGUCAGCGAAAAAGGCCCUGGCUUCGGCUGGUCUGUUUUUCAACCUGAUUGGUCAAUGAUUUUGAAUGUAAUUAUUCAAUAUAAGUGGGAAUAAUUAUUAUUUUGGUGGAACGAGAGUGGAGUGACAAAUUUAUAAUUAGUUCUUGAAGGACUAAAGUAUUUAGUAGCCUAAAUAAGAUUUUUGACAUUUCGCUUGAGAUACAGCAUGAAUUGGGGAAAGACAAUACAUCACAAAACAAUUCGGUCCAAAUUAAGUCUUUGUACAUUUUGUAUAGACAAGUAUUUGCUUCGUUUCAACAUACAUUUCUCACAUGUGUCGUUUAUACAUUGUUGAUUUCAGGAAACGUACAGCGUUAUAGUCAAAUAAAGAUUGUGAUACGAAUAUAUAAUGACCGGAAGCAAAAUGUCCUGGGUACGAUGUUGGAAGGGGCCCAAAGUUUUGUUUUAACCAUCUUUAACCCCCCAAUGCUCUGCGCGUCAAAAAGCCUGUCAGGUUGUGGGCCCUGCAUGUCAGAUUGUGGGCCCUGUCAGGUUGUGGGCCCUGUCAGGUUGUGGGCCCUGUCAGGUUGUGGGCCCUGUCAGGUUGUGGGACCUGUCAGGUUGCUGGCAUUGUCAGGUUGCGGGCCCUAACAGGUUGCGGGCCCUGUCAGGUUGCUGGACCUGUCAGGUUGCGGGCCCUUUCAGGUUGCGGGCCCUGUCGGGUUGUGGGCCCUGUCAGGUUGCAAGCCCUUUCAGGUGGGUCCUGUCAGGUUGUGGGCCCAAGGUAAGUUGACCCUUUGCCCUCCACCCCUGAAGGAAGCAACAAAACUAACUUAGACCCAAAAGCCAACUCUAACUUUUGCCGAAACCGCUUAAACAGAACGGAAUAGGAAGGGGCCAAAGUUUUGUUUUAACCAUCUUUAACCCCCCAGUGGUUUUGUCCACCAAGUUGAAUGUUCUCUAAUGGCAGAAGAAUGAAAGAGAAACAUUAGACAGACGGAAGGAUAACAUGCACUUAGUCUUAAGCUCUGCACAUCAAAAAGAAAAUGAGAGUUGAGAAGCGAGAGUUUGCGUGAGAGUUUUCUCAACUCUCAUGCCCCGGUCAAACGAGAACAAGAAUUGCAUGAGCGUUGAUGAAAGUUGACUGGAUAUUACUGUGCACGUGGCAAAAACUCUCAUCAACUCUCAUCAAAAUUUGAACCGGUUCCAAGUUGAUGAGAGUGCAUGAGUUUUGCAACUCUCAUAUGAACUUUCGUCAACUCUCACCCUCGUUUGGCCGGGAUUUUAGAUAUACACUAUUACUGUAGUCAUAUAUAGAUAGACAGACAGGCAGAGAAACAGAACGAAACAAACAGACACAGGCAGAGAUGGAUUUAAUGAUAAACAGAAUGUAAGUAUAUUGUAUACAGUUCAUUGAUAUUAUUGGCAAUAUUAGAUAAUUUAGCCUGAAAUUUUAGCUCUUUGUACCCGGGCUGAAAUUUUAGUCUGGGCCAUUGUUAAGAGGAAUUUGCCGUAGAAAAUUCACCCAAAAUUGAGCUACAGGUGAAUUCGUUUGAUGAAAUAUAAUGCGUCGCCGCCUGUAUAUUGGACAGAAAUGCUUGAAAAUGCCUUAAUUUUAUUUCAUUUAUCUUCGUAACAAGGCAAUAAAGGGUAAGUCAUAGUUGACAUAUUAAAUCAGCAUUUAAAGAUAAUUGGAAUAAGAACCUCUAUUCCGAUUUAUUGAUUCAUGCCUGGGUUAACUUAUUGUAAAUACGCUAACUGAAAUCCGUGUUAGAUCCUUGCUCGGAGUACUCUCUAACUCACAUUUACACUUCAAAAACUAUCCCGGUGUAACAGGAAAUAUGUCCCCAAGAAUAUAUGGUCCCCCUGGUCUGGGGGCCAAAUUUAAGGGGGGAUGGCAAAUUUUCUGGGACACCGGUUUAGUUUUCGUUGUGUUCGGGCUUAUUUACCAUACAGUAUACUUGAAAGUUGUACCUUAAAAUUUCAAUACUGUUCAUGUGUCUUACACCAUUAUUUUUUGCCCUUAUUCGUAUGACUUUUUAUCCAGGUUUUCGCCCACAAACCAGAAAUUUGAGGGCAUUAUUUUCUGGCUAAGCUUCAGACCCAUUUCAAAUAAUUUUUAUAUCAAACGAAAUCUUUAAUGUUACUGUAGGUACCACAAAACCUGUCUGUAAGAGUAGACAUGUGGGGAUUUCCUUUAAACUUCCCCUUUUAAAAGCCUGAAAUACUUUUGACCUAAUUUCUAUAAUUUGGACAAGUUGAAAUAUUGGUGUUAAUUGCCAACUUAAGCGAACCUAGAAGGCAAAUAGUUGUUUAAGUCAACUAUCAAUGGAUUUAAAUGACAGGAUAAUUAUUUUAUUUAGUAUAAAAAUCUGAAAUUUCAAUCAAAGCUGGCGUUCCAAUACCAUAAAGCAUAGUGGGGACAUUUUUUUGGACGCCCUGUACUGAGAAUUUAGUGCAGCUGGUUAAAAAAUAGCGGAUGUAAUUUAUGCAGGUAUUCGUAUUUCCCAUAUAAUCAAGAAAACAAUUUCAGCGUCAGCUUAGGCUUAGCUCAAUUAAGAUUUGAGCUCAGACGUACCUAAGUGUUUUUGCAAGUAGUAGUACGCCAACUAUAUAUAAUAGGACAAAAGUGACAGAGAGACUUAAGUCAUAUAAGUUAGAAGUCUUAUUUUCCUUAUUACCAGAGGUAAUUGCAAGCUAUUGUGAGACAACUUUCCAGAAGAUAUACCAUUUACCUGAACCAAAGCUUCCUGUAAAAUAUGCUCGUAAAAUUGGAAACCAACCUACGGCAGAGGAAAAUCCAUUUAAUGCUUGGUAAGAUACCUACUACCGUAUUUACUCGAUUGAGCGCCGCCCCCGAAUGAGCGCCGCAUUUGAGAUAAUUUUUUUUAAAGAGCGCCGCCCCCGAAUGAGCGCCGCACCAAACAGUGUAAAAACUUUCCGCCGUCAAAAUGGAGACAUUUAGUAACAAAGACAUUUAAAACUUGUGUAUUUCAUUGUUAAAAUUCUUGUUGUAAUUCAUAACUAAAAGAUUUUUUUAAAGAGCGCCGCCCCCGAUUGAGCGUCGUCCCCGAAUGAGCGCCACAUCUGAAGCUCUGAAAAUUUAAAGAGCGCCGCGGCGCUCAAACGAGUAAAUACAGUAUACAUAUAUGGUGGAUGUAAAAUAACGUAUCCUGGCGUUUGUGAGUACAUAACCAUUGCCAUGGUCUGGAUGUUCUAAUAUAAGUAUAUUUUCGGGAGUGGUAUUCUUGUUUCAAAAACAAAUUUUGCUUUAGCUGGUUACAGAAAGCUAACUUUCUCACCAAUUCUAGAAAAAAUAAACAAAGAGAUGAUUGUUUAAUGUCACUGUUGAUAUGAAAAGGUGACGAAAUAAAUAAAAUAAAAAUUACCAAUGUAAUCAGAUCAUACAUAUAUAUGCCAUAAUUUAAAUUCAAAAUUGUAGAUUUAAUGAAGAUCACAAUGUUUAUAUGGUCCGUACUAGGUACUGGAGAUGUGAUAUUUCUGGUGCUCCAAAUGGUAAACUACAUGGUAAAACCAUCGCCAUAAAAGAUAAUAUCUCAAUCGCUGGUAUUCCAAUGAUGAAUGGAUCACAACUUCUAGAGGGUUAUAUUCCUGAUAUUGAUGCCAGUGUUGUAACCCGGGUAUUAGAUGAAGGUGGAAGAAUUCUUGGCAAAGCUGUUUGUGAAAAUAUGUGCUUUAGUGGAGGAAGUCUUACGGCUGCAAAUGGACUUGUGAAGAACCCCGUGGAUCCUUCAAGGAUGUCUGGAGGAUCGUCUUCGGGAUGUGCUGUUCUGGUAAGUUACUAUACCAACUCGUUGGAGUCGGUUCGA